GCAAAGAGGAGAAAGAUCUCCGCAGUAAAGUCCCAUCUGCUCACCUGAGAGCAGCAUCAGGACACUCUGCUGCUCUCCUUCUCCUUCUUCUCCUCCUCCUUCUCUGGACAUGGAGCUGCUGGACCAGCCUGGUUCUGCUCUGAGGAGAUGAAGGUUCUUGGGUUGGGAGGAGGUUCUUCAGAGAUGUGGCGUCUGGUUCUGUUGGCGUUUGGAGCGGCGCUGCUGUCGGAAGCCGCCAGUUCUGCCGGUUCUGGACGGUCGGUGGACGAGUUGGACCAGCUGACGUUCAGGAGACACUCAGUGGUGACUCGGAGGAGAAGGAACAUCCUGUUCCCCAGCGGAGUGGCGCUCUGCAACCAGGAGACCUUCGACCAGGCCGCCGCCAACCACCUCAGCUACUUCCACCUCAGAGUGUGUCAGGAGACAGUGUGGGAGGCCUUUAAGAUCUUCUGGGAUCGUCUACCGGAGCGUGAUGAGUACCAGCGGUGGGUCGGACGCUGCAUUGACGGCUCCGUCAGCGUCCAUGACAUCGGCAGCUUCUUCAGCCAAUCAGAGGAGCACGUCAGCCUCAUCAGGAGCAGGGUUGCCAUGGCAGCGGCGACGAACAGUGUGACCCAAUCCUCAGGUCCUCCGCCCUGCAGCUCUGAGAUGUCCAGCGUCCAAUCAGAAGCCUCGCUGAGCGGCUCUCUGCCAGAUGAAGACAUCUUCGGACCAGAGACCAUCACCACCGAUCAUGAAGGCCUUCUUCCGGGCUACGAGGUCACUGCUCGGUUCCCAGACUCGCUCUUCACUGAGGUUCCUGAGGACUUAACCGCCGAUGCUGGUGGACAAGCUGAAGAUGUCCUGGAGGCUUCACGAAGCCCAGCUGGGGUUGCUGAGGUUCUAAGCAUUGUUGAGGAUGGUGGACCUUCUGAUCAGACGGAUCAGGAGGACAGACCUGUUCCAGAUACGACAGAACACAGUGAGAUCUUUGAGAGUUCACCUGGAGAUGUGGGCGUUCCUGAUCCUCAGCUGAUUCAUGAGGUCAGCCCCAGAGGUGAGGAGCCUCCGUCAGAGGUUGUAGCUCAGGAGUUCACCACAGAAAGUUCUGUUGUGGUUCUACCAAAGCCAACCACAGCAGCAGAAACAGAAGCUGCCACGCUGGAGGAAACAGGGCAGGAAGAACCUCCAAAAAAGACUGCUGAGGUUCCUUCAGAAGUCCUGCUAGAACCGAUCCCUGAGACGACGGUCACAGCCGAGGUGGGACCAGAAGAAUCUCCAACCUUCACUGAGAACGUUGUAGAAGAACCAACUGAGGAUGCACCAAAGCCGGUGGAUGAAACACCACCUCCAAAUCCUGAACCCACUGAGGCAGGAACUCUUGAGGAACCUGAAGGAAACAUACAAACGGAACCAGCAGAACAUCCGUCAGGAGCUGCUGUGGAGGAGUACCGAGAAGAAUCUGAAGUCAGGACAGAAGCAGCUGCAACUGUGUUCCUCAUGACAGAUCCAGAAGAAGAAACUGAAGUUCUCGUAAAUGUGACUCCAGAACAAGAAUCUGUCGUAGAACCAGAAGUUCCUUCCAGAGCUUCCAUUCUGACGACAACCAUGAAGAUAGAAGGUAGUGAAGACAGUGGAGAGGAGGGGGUUCCUUCAAAGCCUGCUGAGAUCUUUGAUGCUAUCGAUGUCCCUGAGGAUGUUCCACAAGUAGAGGAACCGCAACCCAAGGAACCGCAACCUGAGGAACCGCAACCGGAGGAACCACAACCUGAGGAACCACAACCUGAGGAAACACAACUCGAGGAACCACAACCUGAGGCACCACAACCUGAGGAAGAAGAAACCGUAGAAUCCACAGGAAAUACAGAUGAAGAGCUGAAAGUGGAAGUCCAACAUGAAGAUCAGAGAACCGACGUAAAAGAACCAACUGAGACUGUUACUGGAGAAGAACCUGUUCAAACAGAAAAACCACCAGAGGAACCAAUAACAGUGGAGAACACAGGAGAAACCACAACAGAACCAGUAGAGGCUGCAGGAGAAACACCAAUCAGUGAAGAAGAACCUGUAGAGAACAUAAAAGAAACAGAGGAGGAACCAUUGGCAGCUACAAGAGAACCUGCUGAGGCUGAAGAUACUGUUACGGUACCAACAGAACCUGUAGAGGAGGAAGGAGGAGAACCGGAACCUGCAAAAGAAACCGUAGAACCUACAGGAGUGGCCGUAAAGGAAGCUGGACCUACAGAUGAAACUGCAAAGAAGACAGAACCCACAGUAGAAUCAAAGCCCACAAUAGAACUAGAACCCACAAUAAAACCAGUACAGGAACUUAUAGAAGACACUAAAACAAUAGCAGAACCGACUCAAGAACUGGAAACUGUAGAAGAAUCUGCAGAAAAAUCUGAUCCUGUAGGAGAACCAGUGACAGAGGCAGAACCCAUAGAAGAACCUGUGGAGGAGUUGACAGAACCCACCAGAGAACCAGUACAAGAAUCAGAGCUCACCAGAAAACCAGUACAGGAAGUAGAACCCCCUAAAGAACCAGCACAAGAACCAGAACGCACGAGGGAACCAGUUCAAGAACCAGACUUCACCAGAGAACCAGUACAGGAAAUAGAACCCACGCAAGAACCAGCACAAGAACCAGUAGAAGAAUCCACAGAAGGAACAAAAGUUAUAGAAGAUACGGCAGGAAAAAUAGAACCCACGAGAGAACCAGCACAAGAAACUGAUUCUGUGGAAGAACCCAAAGAAAAGUCAGAACCUGCAGGAGGAUCUGAAACAGAAGCAGAACACAAAGUAGAACCUGAUGAAGAUCAAACCCAUCUGGUCGGAACAUCUGAAGAUAAAACACAAGAAUCAACCGGAAGGGGAACGUAUGAGGAGAAAGAAGAUGGAACUUCUGAGGAUCUAGAUGAGAGAACAGAGGAGGAAGUUGGUUUUGGAGAACCAGAAGCAGACGGAACCAUGGCAGAAGCUGAAGAAGACGUUCUAGAAGAGAUCACUCCGGUUGUUGUUGUGGUUCCAGAAGACACUGAGGGAUUAAUGCCGGGGAUUGAGGAGGAGGUGAAAGUUCUACCAGAAAGUCCAGAGGAGACCCAGGAACCCGAACCUACAAAACCCAGACAUGUUCCUGAGGAAGGAACCGUCUCUGAGGCUCCUACAGAAGAUGACCUCCAUACAGGGAAGGUUCCAGGGGUAGAACCCACCGAGAAGGAGGAUGGAGGUCCAGGUGAGGACCAGGAAGCUCCUCCAGCGGUUGAAGGAACCGUGAUGGAGCCUCCAGCAGAAGAACCUCCAGAACCCGCGGUGGAGGAGGCCACGGCCAGUUCCUCUCUGGAGGCCACCACCAAGUACGUGGUGGAAUACAACAAUGGGAACUUCCCCGACCUCCAGGGACCCGACGACUUCCUGGGGAACAACGGCUUUGACUGGGACGACCAGAACUCGAUCGGGAACGAGAUAGACGAGGCCCUGCCGUGGCCCCCGAGGCCCCUGAAGGACCAGCUGGUGGAGCUGAGCAUCCGGCUGAGAGGAGAAACUUACAACGACGCUCUGAGAAACCCGAGCAGCUCCGAGUACCAGAAGUUAGCCAGACACUUCAGUAGAAGGAUUGAAGACGCCUUCGAUCGUCUGCCGGGAUUCAAGAAGGUUCACAUCGUGGAGUUCAGGCCUCAGAAGGACCUGGAACGGGGUCUGGUGGUCCUGGUCCACUACACCAUCACCCUGGAGGUGGACGGCGGCGGCAUCGCCAACGACACGCUGGACUUCAUCUCGCUGCAGAACAACCUGGUGGAGAAGAACUUCCCGGGCGCCGCCGAGCAGCCCACCGUGGUCUACACCAUCACCGACUUCCGCAACUACAUCACCGAGGCGCUGCACAAGGACAACUUCAUGACCAACAGCAGCCUGGAGGCGGCCGACCCCCUGCUGCUGGAGAACGCAGAGAACUCGCUGCCAGCAGAGAAACCCACGAGUCGACCAGCCGACACCUUCAACAACAUGGAUAACGUCCUCGCUGCAGAGAAGCCUCCUGAUGCUCCGAUCCACGAGGCGGACGAUGGAGACGCUUUCCUGAAGAAGGACGACUUCCUGUUCGACCUGUUCGACCAAUGGAAGGUCCCGCAGAGCGAGGCGGCCAGCGAGAACGACGUCUUCAUGUUCGACGAGAGCGUCAACGAAUUCCCAGCAAAGACCUUUGACCCGGAGACUCUGGACAAGAAUAGUGGACAUAUUGAAGACGAGGGAUUCCUGCUCGGUAACUCUGCUGGUGGUGGAGACGAUCCUCCCCGAGGAGACCAUGUGGUUGGUUCCGGAGGCUUAUCUCCUCCUCUGGAACCUCAAACCUCCUCGGAGGCCUCGCUGGACGAUGGUUCCGGCUCCGGGUUCUCUGGAGACGGCCAAUCUGAUGUCUGGUCCUGGUGGACUUCACCGACGUCCGAUGGUGUCUUUUAUGAGGGGGACGGAGGCCUGGAGGUUCUACCACCGCCUGAUCUGGAGGAGGACGAAGACGAGGUCGCUGCUGAGUCACCAACCACCGAGACAGAAGUUCUGAUUGGACUAGAACUCACUGAGACACCUGGUUUUAUAGAACCACUUCCAGACAGACACAUCGAGGAACCUUACCCGGAUCAAGUUCUGGUAACACCACACAUCAGCACAGAGCCACGGUUCUCGACCACAACCCAGCCUCCCGUGUUCUCGCCCAGAGGAACCUUGGCUGUAGAACUUUCUGUGCAGACAGUGGAAGCAUCCGGGGUCUAUGACGACUGGACCGAACCAAACACCCCGGCGGUGCCAGUUGCGGAUUUUUCUGAACCUGAAGCUUGGACCCUGGAUGCUGCUAUUUUUGCGGAACCAACUGAUUCAGCCGUGAACCUUCCAGAAACCCUGGAGGAAUCAGAAGAACCUUCCGAAGCAGCAGUGCAGCUUCCAGCAGUUACAUCUGAAGUCCCUCAAGGCCCUGAUACCAGCGCUCCCUUAACCGAAGAGUUGCCGGCCUUUGUAGAAGUCCAGGUGGUCACAGUUGGUGAUUCUAGUUUUGAUGCAAUCACCGACGAGCCGCCACAUCUGGACGUACCGACGGAAAAAAAAAAACUGCUGCUGCCAGAGACACGAGACCAUGAAGAGGUGGAGGUUUUGGAGGAGCAGCACAUAGAUGGAACUCAUACAACAACAGCACCGGUGGUUGAGGCCAUAGACGAGGACCUGAUUGUGGAUGAAGUCAUGGUCGUCACCACGAUGACCGCCGCCCCUCGUCCAACUCCCUCUGUCAGCCCCGACCACGGCAGCAGCAUCGCUCUGUCUCCAGAGAAGGACUCACCGUUCACUCGAGUGUCGGAUUCGUUGCCAGAGGACGAGGAUCUGGUUCACCAUGAACACCCAAACCAUGAGGACACUACUGAAUGUCCAAUCAGCACUCCAUCCUCAGAUGUUCCUCAGUCAACACCAGAAACUGAAGGGACUCCUUCAGAAGAGUCUCCUGGUUCUUCAGCACCAGACGGAGACUCAGGUGUGACUUUGACGGAUCCUUCAGAAGGACAAGUCGGCAGCGACGUCGUUGAAACGCCGACUUCUUUGCUACAGGAAGUCAACAGCAGCCUUCCUGUGACCGACUUUCAGUCUUUUGACCACGAAUUCCCCGGUGUGCCGAGCAUCGACGUCAGCUUCGAUUUGUUCCCGUACGGCAGCGUGGCGGCUGAAGGCGACAGCAGCGGCUUCUCCAGCGGAGCUCAGGGGUCGGACCUGGAUGUCAUGGCCUUACCAACCCGACCUGGCAGAGCUCUGACGGUGUUCUUCAGCCUCAGGGUCACCAACAUGGCCUUCUCCAUGGACCUCUUCAACAAGAGCUCCCCGGAGUACAAGGCUCUGGAGCAGCGGUUCCUGCAGCUGCUCGUCCCGUACCUCCAGUCCAACCUGAACAACUUCCAGAAUCUGGAGAUCCUCAACUUCAGGAACGGCAGCAUUGUGGUGAACAGCAGGAUGAGGUUCGGCAAACCGGUUCCCAGCGGGGUGACCAACGUCAUCUACCUGAUCCUGGAGGACUUCGCCAACACCGCCUACCAGACCAUGAACAUGGCCAUCGACAAGUACUCGCUGGAUGUCGAGUCAGGCGACCGGGCCGACCCCUGUAAGUUCCAGGCCUGUAACGAGUUUUCCCGCUGCAUGGUGAACCGCUGGUCUGGAGAGGCUGAGUGCGUUUGUGAUGCUGGCUACGUGAGCGUGGACGGGCUGCCGUGUCAGAGCGUCUGCGACGUCCAACAUGACUUCUGCCUCAACGACGGGAAGUGUGACAUCAUCCCCGGCAAGGGCGCCAUCUGCAGGUGCCGAGUUGGGGAGAACUGGUGGUACCGCGGGGAGCACUGCGAGGAGUACGUGUCUGAGCCGCUGGUGGUCGGCAUCGCCAUCGCCUCGGUGGCCGGCUUCCUCAUGGUGGCGUCGGGCAUCAUCUUCUUCCUGGCGAGGACGCUGCGAGACCAGUACGACGGGGAGGACACGGAGGACCCGCUGCGGCGGGGCGACAGCGUGCCGACACUCGAACGCGCCACAAAGUUCAACCCGAUGUUUGAAAGCGACCCGGUCACCACGCAGUACUACCGUCGCUAUGACGACGAUGUGCCGCCCUACAGCAGCCCAGACGCCUCCAAAGACCCCAGCAGCACCGAGAUUCGCAACAUCUACCAGAACACCACGCUGACCAAAGAGGAGAUCCAGGAGCGUCUCAGGAUCAUCGAACUUUGUUCCAGAGAUCAGAACUUUGCUGAUUUUGUGCGACAGACUCAAGUGUUCCUAGAGAGGAGAGGAAGUUCCACCACGUAGCCGACUGACCGACGCCACCUCCAGAUGCUGCCUUGGUCUCGGACUGGAGGAAAGACGAGGACUCGGGUCGCUGCUUCCCGUCGACUCGGCCGCAGGUGAAGCUGAUGGACGGUUAGAGUUACUUGUUGCUCCAUUUCUUCUGGAACUGACCCUGCACUGGGCUUGGCCUCUUUUCUUACUGGACUUUUCCUAUAAAUGUUGUUUCUGUUUGUUUUGGAUGAACUUUUUAUCUCCACUGCUGGAACCUCUGUCUUACACUCUCUGAAGGACUUCCUGCUUUCAUCUUCAGCUUUAACUCAAGGGUUUCUGUUUGCGUCCCGACCUGGCCGUGGCUGCCGUCCUCCAGGAAACAUGUCUGAGAUGUUGGAGGGUUCCAGCUCUUCUUGGCGUGUUUCCUCCGGAUGGCGGCGACCGGCAGCGCUGCUCCCCCCAGUGCCUUCACCGCUCUGUUAGCUCUUCUGGGAAACGACAAGUUGAAUCUCAGAGCCCUUGAUCUGCAUCUGCUUCCUUUCAAUCUGGGAUCAGUCUACUUUCUGCUUCCUCUUCUGCUGUACCUUCACCUGUUCUCCAAUGUUUACAUUUCUGUUUACAUGAAGGGUAGAACUUGUGUCUUGUCUUCAGAUCCUUUAAACUUCCAAAGGUUCCCACAGGUUCCUGGUUUUUAUUCUAACAACAGAUUGGUUCUGGUCCUUCCUGAGAUCUGCUGAUUCCUGAUGUCCAAUCAGAAUACCGCUAGAAAAUGCUUUAGAACAUCCAAACAAAGACCUGAGACUUCCCCUAAAUACUGAAACCACAAUUCUCAGUUUUUUAAAAGAUAUUAUUUUGUGUUUUUAUGUUGAACAUCUUUUUACACAGCUCUCUGAGAUGUUAACAUCCAGGACAAUCCAACAAAUCUAAACCUCGUCCACCGGACAGCCUGCUAGAACCUCUAAACAUUCUGUUGUUUUCAUUCCUGGACGCUUCUUUGCUUGUCGUUGUUCUAUUUGCUUUUAUAUUUAAACUCAGACAGCUCGAGUGCAGGUGGUUCAUAUCUGCAGGUUUUUAAUGUGGCACCACUUAAAAACCUCUUAAUACCUCUUACCACCAGUUAUUAUCUUGUUCCAACCAGUUAUCUUGCUCCAACCAGUUGUUAUCUCAUUCCAACCAGGUCCAGGCGCCACCACUGGGGCAGUGGUGGCGCAACGGUUAAGUCUCUGAACUACUGAUCAGAAGGUCAGAGGUUCAAGCCCCGAUGCGGCCACUGUUGGGCCCUUGAGCAAAGCCCUUAACCCUUCCUGCUCCAGGGGGCGCUGUACCGCGGCUGACCCGUCGCUCUGACUCCCUCAAUUGGGGAGAUAUGCGAAAAUCAGAAUUUCCCCUCGUGGGAUUAAUAAGGGAUGAUAAAUAAAUAAAUAAAAUUAUCUCGUUCAAACCAGGUACUAUCUCGUUCCGACCAGGUAUUAUCUUGUUCCAACCAGUUAUCUCGCUCCAACCAGUUGUUAUCUCAUUCCAACAAAUUAUUGUCUUGUUCGGACAAGGUAUUAUCUCAUUACAACCAGUUAUUUUCUUGUUCCAACCAGGUAUUAUCUCGUUCCAACCAGGUAUUAUCUUGUUCCAACCAAUUAUUAUCUCAUUCCAACAAGUUAUUAUCUUGUUUGGACCAGGUAUUAUCUCAUUCCGACCAGAUAAUUUCUCAUUCCAACCAAUUAUUACCUCAUUCCAACCAGAUAUUAUCUCGUUACGAGCAGGUAUUAUCUCGUUUGAACCAGUUAUUAUCUCGUUCCAAAAAGCAACCCAGCAGAUGUGAACCCUGCAGCCGGUAAAAGCUUCUGUGAGACUUUAACUACUUGAACUCUGUGUGGAGUUGAUGUGGUAGAUGUUUGGUAGCAGUCUGUGGUGUGUUCAGGUGUCUGUGGUGUGUUCAGGUGUUUGUGGUGUGUUCAGGUGUUGUCGUCGCUGUUUUCUAUUGUGUUCUCUCAGUUCUAGUGGAGGAGAGAACACUCUUUUCUAAAAUAAAAGAUAUUUU